AUGUCUUUUCUGUUCCCCUUAAUAGCUGGGAGUUUACGGCGUGGGAGUGGUCUCAAUUCUCAGUUUGGACGUUUGCAACAACACUCAGGCCUAACUUCCGCUGCUGGAGGGAAUGUGAAUGGUGGUCGAGGUAGUCCAUUGGCAGCAGCAGUCACUUCUUCAACAACUGGGAGCUCAUCAACAAACUCUCCCACUGAAUCAGCUUCUAGUAUGUGUAAUUCUAGUGAUACUGCCAGCGCAAUGACCAAUGCAACUGCGGGUCAAAACAUAUGUUUUCGAUGUCGUCGUCCACUUGUCCCUCCGGAAGGUACCACACUUAGUGGCAGUUUAACUUCGACAAACAACGUUGUGACUCUAACAGGCGCUUUAGGUGUAAAACUUCAUGUGGCUUGUUUUACAUGUUAUCGUUGUGCUGCUCCACUGAAGUCAGAUGCUUACUACCACAAUCUACGACGUUUGUUAUGUCCAGCCUGUGUACGUGAUGGGGCUGUCGAGGCAUGUUCAAACUGUCAUAGACCCAUAGGUGAUAGAGUAGUUCACGCUCUUGGGAUGCCCUAUCAUCCCAACUGCUUCGUCUGUGUAGUAUGCGCAGGUAGACUAGAUUCUCGACCUUUUACCAUUGAUGUUCAUGGUCGAUUACAUUGUCUUACUGAUUUUCAUAAACGAUAUGCACCAAGAUGUGCGUCAUGUGGAAGACCAAUUGUACCAGAUGCUGGAUGUCAAGAAGCACGUCGUGUUGUCUCAGGAAACUCAAACUAUCAUUUAGAAUGUUUCGGAGUCCAAACACUACCUCAAAGCUUAAAUAUAAAGUCAUCAGCAUUUAAAGUUAGCGGUAGUAUUGCCAGUUAG